UCCAAGGCCCUCAUCAUGGCUGAGCUCCUAUCUCUGCUGCCUUGGGCACCCCCAUUGGCCCAGGACAGCGACCAGGACUCACCUGUGCCCCCAGCAGAGUGGCAGAGCAGGCAGGCACGAAGUGGCCAGGCCGAAGACCUGGCUCCUGAGCACUGGAAGCUCCUGAGGGUGCCCUCCAUUCGCAUAACACCAUCCAGUGAUGCAGAGUCACCCCCAGGCACCCCAUCACCCCUGCGCCAGAUGAAGACCUCAGAUCUGGACUGUGUAGGCCAGAACAGCACCGCCCCCCACUCUGGCCGGAGCACACCCAGCAGCUCCCCAUCUCUCCGGAAGCGUCUGCAGCUUCUGCCUCCAAGCCGCCCCCCACCUGAACCAGAGCCAAGCACCAUGGUGGAGAAGGGGUCAGAUAGCUCCUCGGAGAAGGGCGGGGUGCCAGGGACACCCAGCACCCAGAGCCUGGGCAGCCGGAACUUCAUUCGCAACAGCAAAAAGAUGCAGAGCUGGUACAGUAUGCUAAGCCCCACAUACAAGCAGCGCAAUGAAGACUUCCGGAAACUCUUCAGCAAGCUCCCAGAAGCCGAGCGCCUCAUAGUGGAUUACUCCUGUGCCUUGCAGCGGGAAAUCCUCCUGCAGGGCCGCCUCUAUCUCUCGGAGAAUUGGAUCUGCUUUUACAGUAACAUCUUUCGCUGGGAGACCACAAUUUCCAUCCAGUUGAAGGAAGUGACGUGUCUGAAGAAGGAGAAGACGGCUAAGCUGAUCCCCAACGCCAUCCAGAUCUGCACUGAGAGCGAGAAGCAUUUCUUCACCUCCUUCGGGGCCCGGGACCGCUGCUUCCUCCUCAUCUUCCGCCUCUGGCAGAAUGCUCUGCUCGAAAAGACGCUGAGUCCCCGUGAACUCUGGAACCUGGUACAUCAGUGCUAUGGCUCGGAGCUGGGCCUCACCAGCGAGGACGAGGACUAUGUCUGCCCCUUGCAGCUGAACGGGCUGGGGACUCCCAAGGACGUGGGUGAUGUGAUUGCUCUGAGCGACAUCGCCCAAUCGGGGGCAGCUGACCAGAGCCAGGAGCCCAGCCCAGUGGGCUCACGCCGAGGACGCCUCACCCCCAACCUUUCCCGAGCCAGUAGCGAUGCAGACCACGGGAUAGAGGAGGACAAGGAGGAGCCAACAGACAGACAGCCAGAAGCCUCCUCCAGCCAGACAGCGACCCCAGUGGCAGAACCGCCAAGUUCUGAGCCUACCCCAUCUGACGGCCCCACCUCCCUGGGCCCUUUGGAGCUCCUGCCCAGUGAAGAAGUGUUAACGGACACGAGUAACUCCUCCUCAUCCACUGGGGAGGAAGCUGAUCUGGCCGCGCUGCUCCCCGACCUCUCCGGCCGCCUCCUCAUCAACUCUGUCUUUCACGUGGGUGCUGAGCGACUCCAGCAGAUGCUCUUCUCGGACUCGCCCUUCCUGCAGGGCUUCCUGCAGCAGUGCAAGUUCACAGAUUUAACCUUGAGCCCCUGGAGCGGGGAUAGCAAGUGCCACCAGCGCCGUGUGCUGACGUACACGAUCCCCAUCAGCAACCCGCUGGGCCCCAAGAGCGCCUCUGUGGUGGAGACACAGACACUGUUCCGGCGUGGCCCACAGGCCGGCGGGUGCGUGGUGGACUCAGAGGUGCUAACCCAGGGCAUCCCGUACCAGGACUAUUUCUACACCGCACACCGCUACUGUAUCCUGGGCCUGCCCCGCAACAAGGCCCGGCUCCGCGUGUCCUCUGAGAUCCGCUACCGGAAGCAACCCUGGAGCCUGGUGAAGUCCCUCAUCGAGAAGAACACAUGGAGUGGCAUUGAAGAUUACUUUCACCACUUGGAGCGGGAACUCGCCAAGGCUGAGAAGCUGUCCCUGGAGGAGAGCGGGAAGGAUGCCCGGGGCCUCCUGUCUGGCCUGCGGAGGCGGAAGCGACCCCUGAGCUGUCGGGGCCACAACGAUGGUCCCCAACACCCCGAUCCUGACCCCUGUACCCGGGCUGGCAUACACCCCUCGGGUUCCCUCAGCUCCCGCUUUUCGGAGCCACCCGUGGACCGGGGCCCCGGUGCAGGCAUCCCCAACGCCCUGGUUCUCAUCAGCGUUGUCCUCAUGGUCCUUAUCGCCCUCAAUGUCCUCCUCUUCUAUCGCCUCUGGUCGCUGGAGCGGACGGCCCACACUUUUGAGUCCUGGCACAGUCUGGCCCUGGCCAAGGGGAAGUUCCCGCAGACGGCAUCUGAGUGGGCAGAGAUCCUGGCACUGCAGAAGCAGUUCCACAGCAGUGAGGUGCGCAAAUGGCGCCAGAUCCUGCGUGCCUCGGUGGAACUUCUGGAUGAGAUGAAGUUUUCCCUGGAGAAGCUGCAGCAAGGAAUCAGCAUCUCAGAGCCGCCCUUCGACACUCCGCCCCGGCCUGACGAUGGCCUCUCCUGAAGAUGGGGGCCAUUCCCCCAAUGGACAGAGGGACACAGAGCCUCGGCGGCCACUGCUGGCACAGUGUGAGCGCCAGGGAACCUCCCCGCUCCCUCCCCGGGGCCUCACCAACACAACACAACACGGGGACCACAGGCCCAAGAUGCACUUUAGACCAGCGCACCUGCGUCCUGCCUCCUCCGCCCGCCCAGCCUGGGAGCUGGUCUGGCCUUCGUCCAACCCCACUAACUUAUUCUGCCCAGCCUGGGGGUGGGGGUGCCUCUUGGGGCGCACCAUUUCCUCAGCUCUGAGGUUAAUGUAUUAUAUUUAUUGGGGGCCAACGGAGCCCUAAUAAAGGGUUGGAAAGA